CCCGUGUCAUUCAGCACCGCGACGACAGACGACGAUUGUUGUCGUCGCCCUCCGUGAGCCAUGGUGAGAAUGUGGUGGCUCAUUGUGGUCACUGCCCACGCAGCUAUCGCCUCCCAAGGCCCUGCGCGCUUUGACGAAGCCUUGAGAGGCAUCGCUUCUGGACAAAUCGGCCUGACUGCACGAGAAAGCGCCUACACCAACACCACCGCCAAAGCACUGCGCUGUCUCCAGGUCACAAGCCCCGUGCUCACACCGGACGGGCUGAUCAUCAACGAUGAGAUUGUCGACAACCCUCCCGAGGGGUACAAGCCCAAGUUCCGCAUCGUGACCCUCAUGGAGCAUUCGUUUGGAAAUAGCUAUGGUCACCCGUACGUGGGCAAGUACGAACCGCCAGACGUCGAGUUUGACGAGGUCGUCCUGAACUUGACCGUCGUCUCCGAGGGCCGGCAGUACGACCGCCUGGCCCUCAUGUACCUUGGCGAUGUCGAGGUCUGGCGCACGUCGACGGCCGAGCCUAAGCCUGCCCCUGGCAUCGUCUGGACGUACUGGAAAGACAUGACACAUUACCUCCCUCUGUGGAAGAAGCCGCAGACGCUCAUCUUCGACCUCGGUAACCUACUCAACGACAAGUACACCGGCAGUUUCAACGUCACCCUUACAGCAACCUUUAUAGAGCAAAGCAUCAAACCCCGGGCCGCUCCCGCGGACCUGAUCCUUCCCAUUUCAGCGCGACGCGGCGAAUGCCGCGCGGGCAGCGCCUUCACCUAUCCGGACGAAAAGGCUGAGAGCCAAAUUGCGCUCCCGUUCAACAUUCAACGGGCGGUCGUGUCCAUCGCCGCCAACGGCCAAGCCGAUGAAGAAUUUUGGUGGUCCAACGUGCCCGACGAAGGCGCACACACCUUUCCAAAUGCCCCGCUACCUGGGCUCAGUAGCUUUCGUGAGGUGCGGCUCCGGAUCGACAAUCACUUGGCGGGCUUGUCAUGGCCCAUGCCCGUCAUAUUCACGGGGGGCAUCUCACCCCCUCUGCACCGGCCCAUUGUCGGGCUGGAAGCGUUCGACUUGCGAGAGCAGGAAAUUGACAUUACGCCGUGGGCGGGGCUUUUAUGCGACGGGCGGCCACAUAAUUUCUCACUGGAGGUUGUCGGACAGGAUGAGCAGGUCGUGCCCCGAUACUGGGUCCUCUCCGCGAAAAUCUUCGUCUGGUACUCUGCGAAUAACACGGUGACCGAAGGCAGCAAGCCCCGUGUGCGGCUCACCAAGCCAAAUUAUGUCCCCAGAGCUGACGCCAAGGAAGGGGAACAGCUGGUCUACAACCAGACGGCGUCACGUACGCUAAGCAUCAAUUCACACAUCAAACGCAACGGUGAUGACGUCUCCGAUGUGAGCUGGACUCAAAAGUAUUCCAUGGGCAAUGCUGGUCUCGUCACAAGGCAAGGAGAUGGGCAAAUGGUCUGGGCGCUUUAUCAAGGCGAGGACAGAGCCGAGGAGGACCGCCGAACCUACUACAAUUCGGCCUGGAAGUAUCCCCUGCAGGUCAGCUACUUGGCUUUGGCAGACAAGUGCUUCUCACUCAUGCUCGACGCAAAUCUUACUCAAGGUGAGCAGCGAGUCAUAUCGGGCAAGGCGGUGUUCCCCACAGGCCUCGAAGCCUGGCUUUGGAAACUCAAAAGGGACCCGGGGCUGGGCGUCCAAACCAACACCCAGCGCAGCGGGCGCGGUUUUUUCUUUCAAAGGGCGGGGAGCAACAAGAGUGGCGGCUUCGGGAACAUGAACCAGUCAUACGAACUCGGCGGCCGGGAUUAUUGGUCGGACGAGCCAGUACACGAGCCGGGCCCGGUCCUGUACCGCCGCGAAAUUUACGUCGCGAACGAGACAACCGUGUACGACGAGCAAUACAUCUGGAACGCACCGAAACCCAAAACUGCAUCGGUGGCAAGAAUUAGGAAGGCGAGCCCCGGAAUGAUCUUUGACUUUCCGCCCGUCAUGUCCAAGGGACACGGCGCAGGCUCCAAACUUUUCCACAAGGACGAGGAUGGGAGCAUUGACGCGGCCGGAGCUGCUUCUCGAAUUGAAAGUUGCGAGCCUGCCGGGCAUGUGGUGCGAAGGCACGCGUAGCCAUGCAAUGAAUCAGAAGUCCAUGGCCCGAGUGGUGCAUCAUGACAUGACCGUCCGCGUAUGAUUUUCGGGCCGGGUCGUGGGGCCGUCCGGUGGCCCAUUGUCGCGGCCGCUUUAAGGAGGAAUAUUUACCUGUCGUUGACGCAGCCAAGAGCCUUUUUCCGUCUGAUGCCGGGGAGGCCCAUGGAGACAUCAUUCGGCACAAAGUAUGAAUAAGAUAGUAUUUCCUAUCUAAGAAGCGCAAACAGGUAGUGGACCAGUCACAAGCCAGCAGCC